CGGUCAACAGUCUAGUGGGAGAGACUGGAGGGAAAAUUUCGAACACCUGAGAAUCUUUUAGGUUUUGGUUCGCCGCCGGCGGAGAAGAUAAUCGGCGUUCGGAGAUGGAGCGAAUACACGUCUCAGUCAGAUCUCGUCCCCUUUCGACGGAGGACGCUAAGACGAGCCCAUGGAAGAUCUCUUCGGACUCGAUUUUCAUGCCCAAUCACUCUUCUCUCUCCUUCGAGUUUGAUAAGAUAUUCAGGGAAGAUUGUAAAACUGUUCAAGUAUACGAAGCACGGACGAAGGAUAUAGUCUCUGCUGCCGUUCGCGGAUUCAACGGGACUGUGUUUGCCUAUGGGCAAACUAACAGUGGCAAAACGCAUACGAUGCGAGGCUCACCAACUGAACAAGGAGUCAUCCCUCUUGCUGUUCAUGAUAUAUUUGAGACUAUAUAUCAGGAUGCAAGCAGGGAGUUUCUAUUGCGUAUGUCUUACCUUGAGAUUUAUAACGAAGAUAUAAACGAUCUCUUGGCUCCUGAACACCGCAAACUCCAGAUUCAUGAGAAUCUAGAGAAAGGAAUAUUUGUGGCUGGACUACGAGAAGAAAUUGUUGCUUCCCCUCAACAAGUCCUUGAAAUGAUGGAAUUUGGAGAAUCUCAUCGACAUAUUGCGGAGACGAACAUGAAUGUUCACAGUAGCCGAUCUCACACUAUUUUCCGCAUGAUUAUAGAAAGUAGACAGAAGACGCAAGAUGAAGGUGUUGGAAAUGCCUGUGAUGCAGUCCGUGUUUCUGUUCUGAAUUUGGUGGAUCUAGCUGGCUCCGAACGGGCUUCCAAAACCGGUGCAGAAGGUGUUAGGCUGAAGGAAGGCUCACAUAUAAAUAAGAGCUUGAUGACACUCGGGACUGUAAUUAAAAAACUGAGUGAAGGAGUUGAACAUCAAGGUGGUCAUGUUCCGUACCGGGACAGCAAGCUUACAAGGAUCUUGCAACCCGCUUUAGGUGGAAAUGCAAAUACAGCUAUCAUAUGCAAUAUAACACUUGCACCAAUCCAUGCAGAUGAAACGAAGAGCACUCUUCAGUUUGCUAGCCGAGCACUACGUGUCACUAAUUGUGCACAUGUCAACGAGAUAUUGACUGAUGCUGCUUUGUUAAAGCGCCAAAAGAAGGAAAUAGAGGAGCUCAGAUCCAAACUAAAGGCUUCUCACUCUGACCAUUCGGACGAAGAGAUUCUUAACUUGCGCAACACCUUGUUGAAGUCUGAAUUAGAAAGAGAGCGUAUAGCACUCGAAUUAGAAGAGGAGAAAAAGGCACAAGCUCAGAGGGAAAAAGUUUUGCAAGAGCAAGCAAAGAAAAUUGAGAACUUGAGUUCAAUAGUUCUCUUUUCGAAUAGAGACGAGAAGCGUGAGCAGGAUCAGUUUAAGAAGGGAAAGAGGAGGGAUACAUGGUGUACUGGUCACCUUUCACGGGACUCCACAUCAGAGGUUCAGUCUCAUGUCUUGUCAAGGGGAUCCUCUCUUAAAUCUGAAAGAUCCGAGCGUGAGACAGGCCCACUACUUCCAUUUGCGGAACUGUUAGAAAACGAACUCUUAUAUAGCAUCAGCGAGCAAGAUGAAAAUAACAUCAAUGAAACCCUUGAAGAUUCUGCACUUCCAGAUCCAUGUGCUUUAGUGCAUGUGACUAGCAGAAAGAAAGCAUCAUCAAUCAGGCAGAAAACUCCCGUAGUGGUUGAAAGCGAGUCAGACAGAAUUGGAAGGGAGUAUGAGGAUCUUUUCUUGCAAUAUGAAACUGAGAGAAUCACCAACGAAAUACAACUUGAGUACCUUAAGGCAAAGUUGGGCGAAAAAGAUUUAUCUGGUGAAGCAACAUGCAAGCAUUUAGAUUGCCAAGCCGUUGGUAAUGUACAUCAUGAGGAAAGUGAUAUUCAUCUUAGGAAUCCAGAAGAUAUUCUUCUCAUUAAGCAACUUCAAGAGAAGAUAAACAUGCUGGAAACUGAGAAGUCUUCAAGCAAGCAAAAUCUUGAUGAUGCUACUGAGCAGAAUAUAUGUGCCAAGCAAAAAAUUGCUGAGAUUCAAGAAGAGAUUCAUGCUGCUAGAGAAGAGUCCCAGAUUGCUCGUGAACAACUUGUGUCCAAGGAGUCUGAAGUCAUUCAUGUGCUUAAUGAGAAUUUUGACUCUCUGGUCAACGUUGCAACAGAAGUUGAAGUCUUAGCAUCUGAGUUUCAAAAAUUUAAAGCAUCGUUGGAAACGGUAUCGUUAGUUAUGGAUGAGAGUCUCCAAGAUUUUGCUUUCUUCUCUCCGUUGAUACAUGAGUUCACAUUGUUUAUGCGCCAAAGUUUUGAGCAGCAUGCUUCACUUAUCAGCAGCUAUCAAAAUGUUGAAUCUUGUCUUAAACAAAAAGUUCUUGACAUCGGGAAUGAGAAGGUUCUUUUGCAAGAGCAGUGUUCUUGUCUUGAGAGCCAAAUAGAAGAACUAAAUCAGGAAGCCCAAAAGCAUGGAACUUCCUUAAUGAUGCUCUCAGAACAAAAUGAGUCGGAAAGGUCGGAUCUCCUCUCUCACAUAGAAUGUCUUGAGAAGGAUAUAGCGAGUCUGUCAACCACUUCUCUGGCCAAAGAGAAGGAAAAUCUAAGAAAAGAUUUUGAGAAGACGAAAACAAAGCUAAAAGAUACUGAAUCCAAGCUCAGGAAUGUCAUGCAGGAUAAAACCAAGCUAGAGGCCGAGAAAGCAUCUGCUGAGAGAGAGUUAAAACGCUUGCAUAGCCAAACUGCCAUCCUCGAGAGAGAUAUCAGCAAACAGGAGUCCUUUGCCGGUAAAAGACAAGAUGAGAGAAAUGCAAACCAGUCGUUGCAGGAAGAAUUUCACAACCUUGAAGCGCUUGCUUUUGAGAUGGAAACAACAAUUGCUUCACUGGAGGAGGAACUCGCUGCUGAACGUGGAGAAAAAGAGGAGUUGCUAUGUAGAAGCGAGGGUUUAGAUUCAGAAGUCACAGCUCUGACAGAGAAGCUGGAGCAAUCAAAUACCCAAUUAGAACAGCUGCAAAUAGAUAUCACGGAGUUUAAAGCGAGACUCGAAAGCUCAUCUUCUGAUCAGCAACAACUGGAAACCAAUGCGAAACAGUUGCUUGAAGAGAAAGAAGAGCUAGCAAUGCACCUAGCGAACUCACUUUUAGAGAUGGAGGAGGAGAAAGCAAUAUGGAGCUCGAAAGAAAAAGCUUUGACAGAUGCCAUGGAGGAAAAGAUGAGACUGUAUAAUAUAAAAAUAGAGUCACUAUCUACAGAAAUGGCAGAGGCAAAGAGGGAACUGGAAUCUUGUCGACUUGAAUGUAUCAUCCUUGCUGAUAAGCUAAAAUGUUCUGAGGAAAAUGCUAAGCAGGAAAAAGAAUGCAGCAUGGAGAAGUCUUUGGAGAUUGAUAGACUUGGGAAUGAACUUCAAUCAGCUCAUGCCGUGAGUAAACAAUCUCAAGAGGUACUCAAGUCUGAUAUCGACGCUCUGAAGUCCGAACUUCAACGUGCUUGCGAGAUGUCUGAAACACUUCAGAGAGAGCUUGAUUAUGUCACAAGUGAGCGCCAGACUUUGCUAUCUCGCAUAGAAGAGAUUAAGAAGGAAGUGGCUUCAUCAAAUAGUUUGCAGGAUGCAAAAGCAGACAACAAGGAGAAGGCAAAGCUAAAAAUGAGACUGAUGGGGACGCAAGCACGCUUAGAUGCAAAAUCUAUAAGGCACAAGCAGGCUGUGAAAGAAUCAGAAGUUAUGAACAGGAAGUUCCAAGAAGCAUCUGCAAUGCUAAAGGAGAAGUUAGCAUCGAAAGCACUAGAAGUCAUCGACCUUAAGAAGCAGCUCUCUGCUUCUGUUCCUUCAAGAACAAUGUAAUGAAGUGAAGUUAACCAACAUAACUCUUAACUAGUAUUUAUUAAUCCACGGCUAGUAAAUGUCUAAUCUUUUGAAGUGGUUCUAUUGAUGUACAUUCUCUGUUUGAUCUUUGUACUAAACGCACGGUUAAUUAAUUUUCAAGUUUGAUUAUAUUAA